CCCCCUCCCCCCUCCUCCCUGCAGUGUCUCCGGUACAGGAAGUGCUCUGGCUGACUGGGCUGGGCCGUGGGGCUCCGACUUGGACAAAAACAAAAAUAGAAAUAAAAUAGUACAUCGCAAGUCGCGGGGAAAUAACAUCUCCUUCCUACAGAUUCUCCAGGCGUCGUGACCCCCCCGGAUAAUCCGAGAGCCGCCGAGAUGAGUGACCAGCAGCUUGACUGUGCCCUGGACUUGAUGAGGCGCCUGCCACCCCAGCAGAUUGAGAAGAACCUGAGUGACCUCAUUGACCUGGUGAGUGACCACUCUGAUGGCCAGCCGUGGCAGCGGGCGCUCCCUGGCGUUGCUGUGGAAACAGGGUGUCUGCGCGGAGAGGGAGGCUCUGACGUGCGGUACUUCGAGGGGGGCGUGUCUUCAGUGUACCUGUGGGAUCUGGACCACGGCUUUGCUGGAGUGAUCCUGAUCAAAAAAGCUGGAGACGGAUCCAAGAAGAUCAAGGGCUGCUGGGAUUCCAUCCAUGUGGUGGAGGUGCAGGAAAAAUCAAGCGGCCGCACUGCCCACUACAAACUAACCUCCACUGUGAUGCUGUGGCUCCAGACGACAAAGACCGGUUCUGGCACCAUGAACCUGGGAGGCAGCCUGACCAGACAGAUGGAGAAGGAUGAGACAGUGAGCGAGUCGUCUCCACACAUCGCCAACAUCGGCCGCCUGGUGGAGGAUAUGGAAAAUAAGAUCCGCUCCACUCUCAACGAGAUCUACUUUGGGAAGACCAAGGACAUCGUCAACGGGCUCAGGAGCGUUCAGACUCUGGCCGACAAGUCGAAGCAGGAGGCCCUGAAGAACGACCUGAUGGAGGCGCUGAAACGCAAACAGCAGAGUUAGAGCCCGACGCUCCUGUUCCCCCGCCCUCUCCUCUCGCCACCUGUGUCUCCUCUCACUCCACCCCUCCCUCCCCGGCGCUGAGCACUCUCUUCAUUAGGAUAAAAGGCUUUCAUUGUGUUCUUUGGUUUUCUUUUUUAUGUUGUUGUCAUCGAUCGAUCUCCUUUUCCCUGAAGCCAUUUGACUUUGUUCUGUUACUGUUGCCACCGUUGUUGUCGCUGGGUUUCUCUCUGUUCGUGCUGGUCUGCCCGCAGGCUGCAGCAACAGGACUCGCAGUUUCCCUUCGGCUUCAGUUAUCAUUGCCACCUGUACUGUCACUAACCCUUCCUUCCCCUCCUGUAUAAAUUGUAAAAGCAACUCAGCAGAACCUUAUGCUAAUGACUCCAUUGGAUGAAAGUAUUUUGUACAAAAAGGAGAGAAAAGUGAUAUGAAUUUUUGGUGAUGGUUCGUCUUGUCCUCAGUCUGUCUGUCGCGCUGUCUUCCUGUCGGACUGUCGGGGUGUGUGUCUGCCUGUCUCUCUGGGGACCCUGCGCCCCCCCGUCCCGCUGUCCCGGGCACCGCGUGGCGCUGAUGUCUCCGGGUGAGGCUUCAGUCUCGGCCUGGAGGCGUGUGCCCGGCACGGCCCGUCUCGGAGUCGCGGCCCGGCCCCCCCAGCAGGCGGACAGCGCCGGAAUCGGCCGAGCCGCUGUGUGUGACCCUGGUCUCUGCCGAGUCCGGCCUCUCGUCUGCCUGACCAGGGCCGCGGUUUCUGUCUGCGAGAUCUUCCUCUGUUACCUUGUUUUUCGUUUUGUAAAGCUUAGACUUGAGAUGUUGACCUCGUGUGUUCGAGCCUCCAACACAACAUCAAUAAAGGACAAAGUGGUUUCUGGC